UGCGGCUGUCGUCAUCCCUUUUUAAUGCGACACGUUAUUUCUGACUUGUCCAAUUUGCUCAGCUCUGAUUAUCGAGGCUACCAGUUCGCGCGAAACUGUCCUGUCAAAGAAUAGCUCGUAAAUUCGAAUCCGAUCCGACCUUACGGCCCGCGAAACGUCCAAGCUCCUAAUCUUCUUACUCAUCUCGCGUUACUGAGAGUUUCCCGUUCCGGAUGAGAUCCAAAGCUCUAAGCUUCAGGCCGAUUCCUACUUUUCCCACGUCGAAUACCGAAAUUACCUAAAUCCUAGCACAAGGCUAGAGAGAAGGAAUGAUUGAGAGGCUCUGGCAGAGAAAUUUGCUUGGAUGCAACCCUUGAACCCUUUCCUAGCCGCCUUCUUCAAGCCCGGCAGCGCCAUAGUCACCCAGUGCGCCCCCGUUCACCACCACAUCCUCCUCGUCCCGACAACCGAGUUCUUCCUUACCUCCCGCGAAACGGAAAGCGGCCUAUCUGUAUCGGAUAUCGUCGCGUCCGAAGACUUUCUAGGAAGCCAUGUACUUCGAAUUCCUAGCCCGGCUACCGCUGCGGGAGGGAAGGACUCGGUCGGAAACCUACGCGAGCAGAGGGGCAAGCCAAGACAAUACUCGACUUUGAAUGGGCGCAGCGUGGUGAUAAAAGAUGCUUUUGUUUAUAGUAAUAAGGGGUUCAAGACGCUUGCCCAAGCGCAGUUGCUAAACGAUUCGAUUUGGUUUGCCGAUAGCAUCGAGCCGCGACAAUGGCUGAUAUACUAUAUAUCGCGACCCUUGGUUGGUAUUUGGGGCGACCUGGAGAUUCCGCGUGCUAUUUUCACCGAGGGUAUGGCGAAAAAACAGCUUGCGGAAGCUAAGCGAGCUGCUGCUGUCGAGAACGGCGAACCGAGUUUACCACGGAAGAAGGAAGUUAAAAGUUUCCACGAUCUUUUAAAUCAUUUCCCUAUGAUUGCAAGGCAAAUGCAGCCCGGCUUAGAAAAGUUGUUCCAAGAGUUCACGACCAUCUUCGAAAGACCUCUACCUCCUCCGCCUUCUGCGACGCACAUUCCCGAUCCUCCUCCAGAUGGCCCCAUCGCGACUGCUAUGAAAAAGGUCCGUUCUAACAGCUUGUCCGCUCGAAGAGUUAGUAUAGAGCGAGAGGGAAGCAUUCGAGGAAAUGAAAAUUCAUACGCCGAAGAUGACGAAGAUGUUAUGAGAGCUUCGUUAGAGACGGCGGUCACAAAUGCUAUCGACCUGUUUCAAAAUGUUGACAAGCAACAACUUUCUAUGCUUGGCGCGACAACCGAGCUUACUGGGCCCGUGGUCGAGCGACUUAUUGAACGAUACGUGACUGAGAAUGUUCAUAAUCUAAUUUGGCCUCGGUUGGCUGCGAUGCGGCGGCCAGAUGACCUCGAGCUCGAGGCGAAGAUACGGCAGAUGGAAUUUAUCGACAUUUCACAGCUAGGUAUUUUCAUCGAAGGCGGCCCUAAAGGGAAGCAUGAACUUACAUUAAGACUUGGACAUGCAGUUGAGGAGUUUCGCAAAAUGUCAUCAGCUAUGUGCCCGCAAGAAAUGAUGGAAAUACUACUUUCGACAAUGAAAGCGACUACACAAUUAACGGAGCAACCCAAGUCCAGCGCCGAAUCCUCAACCUCGGAAAAGCCCGCCCUCACCGUCAACGCCGAUACACUGGUAUCAUUGCUCCUCUUUGUUGUAAUCCGAGCUGGUGUGAAGCACCUCCAAGCUCGAUUACUCUACAUUAAACACUUCGUCUUUAUAGAUGAUGUAGAUAGCGGUGAAUUAGGUUAUGCUCUCAGUACCUUUGAAGCAGUACUUUCCUACUUGUCCUCGGAUUCGAGUAGUUUAAGAAGGGCAAGUCGUCGGAACAAAGCUCUAUGGGAUGCAGCCGCGAAGGGCGAUAUGGAUGAACUAAAGAGAAUGAUGGAUCUAGAUGCGGACGCUGUCGACGACGAAGAAGAACCACCCGCUUCCCCAGUUUCAAGUCGUGCACCGUCGGUUAGCUGGAGUAUGUUCAACGGUUCUUCGAGAAGACCUUCGACUGUUUUCACACCCUCAGAACCCUACUCACAAGGUUCGGGGUUGAGCCACGUCUUCCCAUUCCAAAAUCAGGCAUUGAAUGACUCCCCAAUACCUUCGUUCAAGAAGGUCAAAAGAGUCGCUAUGGAUACUAGGAGUAUGUCAAGUGGAUCCGAGUAUUCAUAUCAUUCUAGAGCGGAGAGUGUCGCCACGCUUGGAAGUGGUCUUGAAGGGGAUACCUCGAUUGAACGAUUAUGCCAAACUGAGGAUUCCUUCGGAGAAUCCAUCCCGAUGAUGGCAGUACAACAUGGACGAGCUCAAGUGCUGAAGUAUCUACUUUCACUAGAUGAUUAUUUCCCGCCGAAUGUUAUUUUGGACGAUUGCAAUAAUGAGGGUACCAGCUUGUUAAGCGCUGCUGUUCAGCUGGGUCACACUGAGCUAAUUGAUGUCAUUUUGGAUUUCGUCAUGGCCUCGGCGCCUGAACCGAGGAUUCGGAAUUAUUUAUCCCUGCAGGACAAUCGGGGCCGAAGUGUCGCACAUUAUCUCUUCCACGCGCCGACUUUAAUCGCGCGCAUUGGCAAACUGCUUCCCUGGCGGCAAAAGGAUAAAAAUGGUCAAACACCAUUAUUCGCACUAUGUCGAUCAUACGACCACCAAAACUACCACGACAUGGUCGAGGCCGGUCUCAAAGCAGCGACAGGUGCACAGGGAGAUGGCCAGCCACUUCACCUAGACGAUCAUGUGGACUCGAAGGGAAAUACCCUUUUGCAUAUCGUCAAUGAUUAUCAAUUAGCGGCAAAAAUUCUUGUGCAAUGCGACAUUGACGUCAAUGCAACGAACGACAAGAAGUUUACCGCGCUCAUGGUAGCAAGCAAAUAUGGCCGCUUCGAAAUGGUCAGAGCCAUGUAUUCGGAUCCCAGGGUAGAUGUGGCGGCAAAAGAGUUGCGUGGGCUUACAGCAGUAGAACUAGCAAAGGACGAUGAUGUUCGCAACAAAAUCGAUGAUUUGACACUUUUUACCAUGUCACCCGCCGACGAUGGUCGCAUCACCGGCGUUGUCAGGUCAUUUUUCGUUGAAGAUGCUACCAUUCGGCUUGUUCUCAAAUCAGGCGCGCCCGCGGACAGUAAUAGCUAUACGGUCACGACAUGUCGUCGGUCUUUUGCGGACUUUGAACGCUUAGCUGGAUUAUUGUCCAUCGAAAACCCAGCAUCGUGGUUACCAAAAGUAACUAGUCAACGCUCGCCAUUUCAAAUUCCUUCGAAGCCUUCAAGGGCUGUCCUAAAGGAUAUCCAAAUACGAACAGAUUCAUUCCUCAAAAUACUCUUAGCUCACCCUACCUUUGCGACACACGAAAUGCUAUGGGAGUUCUUCCUGGUACCGGACUUACAAGCCGAUAUGAUGGAACAGCGUAGCCGUCUUAAAGCCGACACAAGAGCCGAGAAAGUGAGAGACGAGCUUGAACCUUUAGAAGACAUUCGUGAAGUGGAGCAGUUUGUGGAUCACGCUCGAGACAUGGUUCGCAGCGUCAAUUAUUCAACUAAAAGCGUUGCGCGACGGGCAAAUGCGAUCGGCGUCGUCGCAAACGACCUUUAUGAUGCAGCGAAUAUACUAUCGCGAGGCGUUGCCAACCUCGCGUUUCUACCACAAACUCACAUAUCAGCAUUCGAAGCUUAUGUCCAAACACUUGAGCCGCUGCAAUCUAACCCAUCAUACAUCUUCCACAAUUCCUUUUUAGCUCUUCAAUCUACAAUACAGGCCAUGCUAUCUUCCUUAUCACGGCCCCCACAACUCGUUACCCAAAUUGUAUCCUCCCGCAAAGCAAUAGAACGCAACUACAAUUCUGUCUCACGCUCAACGCGAUGGCCACUCGGGCUACUCGAUGAAACACGUCAGCGGCUCAAUGAAGAGAGGGAAGACAAGGCAAGGCGCGCCCAGACCGAGGUGGAUACCUUGAGUAAGGAACUCCGGUAUACACAACAAACAGUGGCAAGUGAACUCGCAGGGUGGGAAGAGAUGCACGAGCGCAUGGGGCGCAGGGCUAUCAGGGAGCUCGCCAGGGGUAUGCUUGUCCUCGAACGUGAGAGGCUAUAUGGACUGCGUAGGGCACAGCGAAAGCUACAGGACUUGAAUGUGAAUUUUGGUAAUGGACCCCAAGAACUAGGUAAUCGAAUUAAUGAGGCGACAGCAACGGAAAACGGCAUUGGCGCAGGACCUGCAGGCGGUGAAUCUAGUACAACAGGCGAGGCGUUUGUGGAUAGAAUAGAUUAGAUACCUACUCAAUAACCGAUCAAGGUGAUGAAUUGGAACAUAUCGAUGAGCGACCAUGGAGUAGCAAACCAAGGUCCAAUUGCAACCAUCAGAGUCACAGCCACAAUCAACGUAAUGCGUGCCCCUCGGGGUCUAGGAUUUCCGCCCUCAAUCCCAGAUUUCAUCCUCGAACAUCAGAUCCCAAAAUGCAACCCGAAAAUUGAGAGAAGUGACAAAGUAAAAAGUCGGG